AUGCGCGAGACUUCCAGUGGCUACCAGCCCAUUGAAAACUAUGGAAUCAUCGGGAAUAUGAGGACUUGCGCCCUGGUCGGCAUGCAGGGGAGUGUCGAUUUCAUGUGCUGGCCCGAGUUCGACUCUCCCUCUGUCUUCUGUAGGCUCUUGGACAAGGACAAGGGAGGGUAUUUCAGCAUUGCACCCACCCCUGGGGUAUCCUGCACCACCAAGCAGCAGUAUCUCCCUGGCACCAACAUCCUCCAGACCCGGUACAUCAACGAGGAUGGCGUGGUAGACGUGGUGGAUUUCUUCCCACGACCCCGGAACUCCAAUGUUGUUUCCAAAGGGCCCAAGCAGACGGCCUUUCGGGAGGUGACCAAGGUCCAAGAGGAGCUGAAGCGUUGGCUCGUCCGUAGGGUGGAGUGCAUCCGCGGCCAGCUAGAGCUAGUUGUCGAGAUCUUCCCGGCGUUUGGCUACGCCAAAGAUCCUCAUGUGACGACUAUCGUCCAGUCAAUCCACCGGUCCGGUUGUCCGGAGAGCAAGACCGUGACAUUCCAUAGCGAGCACGUGAAGCUGCAGCUGGACGUCACAAUUGACGGAGAUGCAGAGACCCAGAGCUGCCCCGUCGUCAUCUUCGAGAAAGUCAAGAAGCCGGGUAUGAUGAGUGAGGGUGUCAGUGCAAAGAUCGUGGUCCGAGAAGGCCAAGCCAUCUCCUUCAUCCUUCGUGAGGACAUCGAGAACCACGUCACCAAGCACAUUACCACGGACGUGCUGGACACACAGCAGCACGACACGCAGACAUUCUGGUACAACUGGAUCUCGAAGAGCAAGUAUCAGGGCAAGUGGCGUGAGGUAGUGGCAAGGAGCUUGAUGAUCCUCAAGCUUUUGACAUAUGAACCUACAGGCGCCAUCAUAGCCGCCCCUACAUUCUCCAUCCCGGAAGACAUCGGCGGUGUCAGGAAUUGGGACUACCGCUAUUCUUGGGUCCGCGACUCCAGUUUUACCAUCUAUAUCCUGCUGCGUCUUGGAUACAUUGAGGAGGCCGAUGCGUAUAUGGAGUUUAUCUCCGAGCGGAUUCUCAAGUCUCGCGCCCCUGACGGCGGCCUUCCCAUUAUGUUCACCAUCCGGGGCGAGACCGACAUCCCGGAGGUUGAACUUGAGCAUCUGGAGGGAUACAAGGGUAGCAGGCCCGUGAGGAUUGGCAAUGGCGCGGCGUUCCAUCACCAAUUCGACAUUUAUGGCGAACUCAUGGACGCAAUCUACCUGAACAACAAGUACGGCAAACCUGUGACCUGGGAUCAAUGGGUCUCCGUGCGUGAGCUUCUCGACUAUGUUCUCACGAUAAUGAACGAACCCGAUAUGUCAAUUUGGGAGGUUCGCAAUAACAAGCAGCACUUCACAUACUCCCAGAUCAUGCUCUGGGUCGCCUUCGAUCGCGGCCUUCGUCUAGCCGAGAAGAGGAACCUUCCUUGUCCUAACAGAGCCAAGUGGCUUGAGGCCAGGGAUACCAUUUACGAGACCAUCAUGGAGAAAGGCUACAACAAGGAGAUGAAGUGCUUCAUCCAGAGCUACGAGAACAACACCAUGCUGGACUCCUCGAUACUCAUCGCUCCUCUCGUGUUCUUCAUCGCUCCGAGCGACCCUCGUUUCCUCAACACGAUUGACCGCAUUCUCUUGGCCCCCGAGAAGGGCGGCCUCACCAGCACGGGCCUCGUCUACCGCUACGAUACGGAGCUCUCUCACGAUGACGCCGAAGCUAACAAACCAGGCGUCGGCGGUCGCGAGGGCGCCUUUAGCAUGUGCACCUUCUGGCUCGUCGAGGCGCUCACCCGGGCCAGCGUCUACGAGCCGAAGUACCUCGUCAGGGCCGUCAAUCUCUUCGAGAACAUGCUCUCCUUCAGCAACCACCUGCUGAUGUUCUCCGAGGAGAUCGCGCGCAGCGGCGAGCAGCUCGGCAACACGCCGCAGGCGUUCAGCCACUUGGCUCUGAUUAGUGCUGCUUUCAACCUCGAUCGCGUCACGAGCUUCAAGCGCAACUGA